GAAAGCUAUGCAAUAGAUCAACAAAAAUGGAACCAUCGACAAACAUCGUGCGUAUAUCCUCCGGUGAACCUGAGGAGCCUGAAGAGAACAUCACUUACAUGGAUGCUUUGUUGUACAAGGCAGCAGCAGAAGGCAGAAUUGAAGAAUUCAAUAGUCACCCAAAGCUUCAACUUGAGUCGCUAAAGACCCCAAACCAUGACAACGUGCUCCAUGUUAACUUGGCAACCCCUGAGUAUUAUGCAAAGUUUUAUGUCGGAAUUCUGUCAAGCAGAUACUUGCCCUUAUUCUAUUUAUUCUUCCGUUCGUUUUUGUGGAUUUCCAUUUAUAAAAGAAACAGUAAAAAAAGAUCAAAUUUUAUCGAACAAAUUCUUGUUAAGUGUCCGUCACUGCUACUCCAAAAGAAUGCUAAAGGUCAAACUCCCUUGCACGUUGCAGCAAGGAAUGGACAUUCUGCCAUCGUGAAACUUCUAAUCAGGUCUUGCGCAAAAGCUAGAGACGGAGAUUUAGAGAAGCUGGGAAUGGAUCAAGUAAAUGCAGUCAGAGAGAUGCUGAGGAUUACGGAUCAGGAAUCCGACACGGCUUUACAUGUAGCAGCACAGUAUGGCGAUGUUGAAAUGGUGGAAGGAUUGUUGGAGCUUGAAGACCCUGAUUUUCCGUAUUCUGCCAACAAAAACCAGAAGACUCCACUUUACUUAGCAGCUGAGAUAGGAAACAGGGGCGUGCUGAGUGUAUUAUUAGAUAAAUCGAAAUCAACUGGUCAGGGGGGGCCCACGGUAGAACAGCUUUGCAUGCAGCAGCUAUGGCUGAAGACGCAGGCAACAAAGAUAAUAUUAAAGAAGAAAGGGAACCUGACAAAGGAAAGAGAUGAAGAUGGGCACACCCCUCUUCAUUAUGCUGCACACAAAUGUUGCAGUUCUGUUGUGGAAGAUCUGUUAAAAUGGGAUGCAUCAGCUGCCUAUGUAUGUGAUAGAAAGUUGGGGAUGACACCCCUUCUUAUGGCAGCCAGGCAAGCCCAUUUACAAAAAUCACAAAAGAUUCACUCUUUUUGUCCAGAUUGUUGUGUAAAGGUGGACAAUAGAGGUUGGAAUUUACUUCAUUUUUUGGCGUUUAGAGUCUAUCCUCCUCGUAUAGCAAUUUACUUUUUCACACUUAGUCGCAAGAUGGAAUGUGCAUCAAUUAGAAAUCUAAUGGACUGGAAAGAUGCCCUUGGAAUCACACCUCAUCAAGUUUAUGAUGCAUAUCGACCUAGGAUCGCUAGAGCGAGGAAAUCUUUCGAGAACAGUGGGCAGAAAGAGAAAAAGAAGCAAAUUGAAGAAUUGUUGAAAGAUAUUGCACGUGAAGAAGUAGCGGAGUGCCCGGUUUCACCCUUUUCCUUACCGACUGUUUCUGCAGAAAGCUUGGAGAAGACAAGAGAUGCUCAUUUAGUUGUGACCAUUUUGUUUCUUCGGUUCUUAAAAUUAUUCUAAAAAUUAUAUGUCAUCAAUGUAUCAAAUAUAAAUUUUAAAAUUUAAAUUUAAAUGAAAUAAUUAUUAAUAACAUCAUUAGUUAUCUAACUAUUAGCGUAUUUCUAUUUUAUUCAUCAAAUUAUUAAAAUAAAUUUCA